UGCAUCGUUUCGAGUGGCUUUUCGCCUCUGCUGAGCAGACCUCAAAUAUGCUGUCCAGGCAACUCACUAUGAUUUGAGACACGGUCAUCGUCAACAGUUAAACAUCAUCGCACUGAAGUGAUCCGCUAAGGCAGUGCAUACUGAACUUUCUGCUGCCCAUAGGAAAGUGGGACCAAUAGAACAAAACGGAUAUUCACAAGUCAACCAUCAGUUUCCCUUCGUGUUAUCUCACAAGGACUCAACAGCAGACGGAUUUCUUUCUUCUUCGGUAAAUUAAGUCCCACCAAGUGUGGGACGGAGAAGUGACGGCGGCCUUGCUGUAGAAGAAACGCUUCAAACUUUUGCGAAUAUAAUUUUCAGUGGCUUCAAGUGACGGACUUUGAUUUUCCCAGCGGCGUGUUUGGAGUCGUACAGGGUUGGCAGAAAUGGGAACGGGAAUACGUGCCCGUAAACUCACUCUUUUUAUCCUCCCUUUGAUGUUUACUUCGCAUCUGUUUAAUAUAGUUCAGAGCUCUAAAGUGUGGGAUGAGGUGCCCUUUCCAGAGGAAUUAGAAGAGGAAAACCAGCGGCCAGGAGGUUAUGUGGAUGAUGAAGAGUACUAUGAUCCUUCAGGAGAUAUCAGUGGAGAGGAGGAUGGAAGCACACCCGAGCCAAGCACAGUUGAGCCAGACAUGCCUAUAACAAUUUACUAUCGGGCGCUGGUGAACUUCACAAACUCCUUUCAGUAUGGGCCUGAACUUGAUGACAUCUACUCUCCUGCUUUUGUAGAGAUAUCAUCUGCUGUUGUCGAUACGCUUGAGUCUGACUACAACAGGAUACCAGGACAGCAGACCGUCAAUGUGGUCCUUAUUAAGGAAAUCGGCAAACAUGUGUUUGUGGAGCUGGAUGUCGGCUCAGAUAAUAACUCUAAUGAAACGCAGAUCAGAGAUGUCCUGUUCUCAGUGGUUAAAGAGGGAACCAUUGCCUCCUACGAUACCUCAGUAAUAGGUUUCCAAUUCAGACGGCUUGGAGAAGCUGAUACUCCUCCUCGUGUGGAGCCCAUCGUUGUGCCAGUGAUUCCUGAUGCCAGAGAAUGCUUGUCUGGCGAGUUCAGAUGUCAGGAUGGGCUGGCGUGUAUCCCUCAGGAUUAUGUGUGUGACAAGCGGCCUGACUGCAAUGACUUCAGUGAUGAAAUGAACUGUGCUGUUGUUCCUGUUCCUGUACGCCCUACUCCACCUACGCCUCCUAAAACCAGACCCCCACCCGGCCCGGGACCCUGCCGUGCAGACCAGGCCACCUGUCAGAAUGGACAGUGUAUCUCACGGGACUAUGUUUGUGAUGGCGAAACGGACUGCACUGAUGGCAGCGAUGAGUUCAAUUGUGGAACUCCGUCUCCCUGUGAACCCAAUGAGUUUAAGUGUCAGAACGGCCGUUGUGCCCUGAAACUGUGGCGUUGUGAUGGGGAUAAUGACUGUCAAGACAACUCCGAUGAGAUGAACUGCCCCACUAAAGGUCCAGGGGACACAUGUGCCCCGGAGCAGUUUGUGUGUUUGGCUGACCGCACAUGCAUUCCUGCCAGUUACCAGUGUGACGAGGAGCCGGACUGUGCCGACCGCUCUGAUGAAUAUGGUUGUGCACCUCCCGUUGUGACCGCCUCGCCGGAAGAGUCCAUCACGGCAGCGCGGGGAGACACUGUGACCUUUACUUGUUCUGCCAUUGGUGUACCGGUUCCCAUCAUCACAUGGCGUCUUAAUUGGGGACACAUACCAGUCAAUAGCAGAAUCACAAUGAGCAGUGAGAAUGGGCGAGGAACACUCACCAUCCGUGACGUGAAGGAAGGUGACCAGGGUGCAUACACCUGCGAGGCCAUCAAUGCUAAAGGCCUUGUGUUUGCUAUUCCUGACGGGGUCCUCAGUCUGUCCCAGAGACCAAACCCAGUUGUGUCAUCCUCUCUGUACGUGUUAGCAGGUAACUGCCGUGAUGGACACUUUAGCGUUGGUGAUCGCUGCAUGCCAUGCUUCUGUUUUGGCAUCACGAAGCAUUGUCAGAGCACUGGUCGCUACCGCAGCCAAAUCACACUGCGCUUCACAGAGGAAGAGGACUUUAAAGGAGUCAAUGUGACAUUUCCUAGUCGUCCAGGCACCCAACCACUUCUCUCACCCACUCAGAUGUUGAUCGAUCCAGAGAGUGAGGAGUUCCAGCUAGUGGACCUGUCUCGCCGUUUCCUCGAUCAAGACUCCUAUUGGACUCUACCUCGCCAGUUCCUGGGCAACAAGGUUGACCUGUAUGGAGGUUAUCUGAAUUUUAAGGUGAGAUACUUUCUGCCGCGAGGUGGACCAGAACCAAAGGAUAAACCUGAUGUUGUGCUGAGCGGCAACGGGCAGAGAUUUAUUUACCGUAGAGGCAACCCCACUUUACCCGACACAAUCAACCAAAGACAGAUCAAGUUUACAGAGGAAAACUGGCAGCACUCCUCAGGACGAGCUGUAACUCGUGAUGACCUCAUGACGACCUUGGCCAAUUUGGAGAGCAUCCAAAUUCGCACCAUUUAUGACAACCGCAUGGCCAGUGUGGGCCUGAGUGACAUCAGCAUGGAUACCACCACCAAAGAGUUCACCCAGCAGGGGAACCCGAAAGACGUGGAGGAGUGCAGAUGUCCUGCUGGGUAUUCAGGCCUGUCUUGUGAGUCCUGCUCCCCUGGUUUCGAGCGGGUACCUGGACCCUACCUGGGCAUCUGUGCUGGCUGCAACUGCAAUGGUCAUGCCAGGGCCUGUGACCCUAUUAGUGGACACUGCCUGAGUUGUCAGCAUAACACAGAAGGACCUCAGUGUGACAAAUGCAAGCCUGGUUACUUUGGUGACCCAAGUCAAGGACGAUAUGAUGACUGCAAACCCUGUCCUUGCCCAUACACAGAGACGUCUCGACGGUUUUCUGAUACUUGCUUCCUGGACCAUGACAAUCAGGCAACAUGUGAUGCCUGCAGAACUGGUUAUACAGGGCGACGUUGUGAGAAAUGUGCUCCAGGAUAUGUUGGCAACCCUCUUCAGCCCAACGGCCAAUGUAUUCUUGCUGAAAGCCCAGUGACCAAGUGUGAUAACAGAGGAACCAUCAAUCCCAUCAGCAAGCCAUGCUAUUGCAAGGCCAAUGUGGUUGGUGCUUUUUGCGAUGAGUGUAAGAAUGGCGCUUUUAAUUUGGCGGCUGAUAAUCCUGAAGGUUGCCUGCAGUGUUUCUGUAUGGGAGUGACUAAACAGUGUGCCAGUUCAACCUGGAAUAGAGAUCAGGUUCGAGGUGGUGUCAACGGCCAGCUCUUCACACUUUCCAAUGCAGCAAAUACUCUGACCAUCUCUGAGGGCAUCACUCAGAGAGCCAGCGCAGAGGUGGUCUACCGAUCCUUCACCAGUAUCCCUAAUGACAUCUACUACUGGGUCCUGCCUCAAAAUUUUAGAGGAGACAAGGUAACAGCAUAUGGUGGAGAACUGCAGUACACAAUGCGUUAUGAGACGCAAGCUCGUUCACUAGUGAUUGAUAACCGUCCAGAUGUUGUUCUCCAAGGCAACGGCAUCUUCCUGGAACAUUAUUCUCAGACUAAAAUACUCCCUAAAGUACCAGCCACCAUCACUGUGUCUUUUAGAGAGUCUGCAUGGAGGCGGUCAGAUGGACAGCCGUGUACUAGAGAGCACCUGCUGAUGGCUUUGGCCGAUAUCAGCGUCUUUAUGAUCAGAGCCAGUUAUACAUACAAUAUGGCUGAGAGCAGUAUCUCCAAUAUAGAAAUGGACAUUGCAGUGCCCCGCUCUACAGGAAACGAAAGGGCUCUGGAGGUGGAGGAGUGUGCUUGCCCUCAAGGAUACACAGGACCUUCUUGCCAGGACUGUGAUGUUGGCUACACCCGUACACCUGGACUUUAUCUUGGCACCUGUGAGAAGUGUGACUGCCACGGGCAUGCCAGCGGCUGUAACUCAGAGACUGGAGAUUGCCUGAAUUGUCUGCAUAACACAGUUGGGCGCCGUUGUGAAAAUUGCCUCACUGGUUUCUAUGGAAAUCCAAAGACUGGUGAUCCACAGGCAUGUAGACCCUGUCCUUGUCUAGGACACUCCAGUAGCCACCUUUCAUCUUGUUACUUGGACUCAGAUGGACAGCCCACAUGUGAAUGUCCUGCUGGUUAUACUGGGAGACACUGUGAAAGAUGUGCCCCAGGAUAUACUGGCAAUCCCCAACUUGGACAAAGAUGCACUCCAGGCAACGAUUGCUACCGCUGUGACCAAAGUGGUAGCGAAGGAUGUAGUUCAAAUGGAAUCUGUCGCUGCAAGAUGAACGUUGAGGGGUCAACCUGUUCCACUUGUAAGCAAGGGACCUUCUACCUCAGUCCUGCUAACAAAGAUGGCUGUCUGUCCUGCUUCUGCAUGGGCGUCACCCAGCAGUGCUCCAGCUCCAGACAUUAUAGAGAUGUGGUUUCCACCAUUUUCGCACCUGGCAACUACCAAGGUUUUGCGCUUGUAAACCGCCAGCGCACCAACCGCAUUGACAAUGGCUUCUCCAUAGAGCUGUCCACAGAUGGAACACAACUCUCCUACACUAACUUUAACUAUCUCGGACAGGAGCCCCACUAUUGGCAGUUACCCAACGCCUAUCAGGGAGACAAGAAGUCUUACUCUGCUCGGACUAGACGAGCACACAAGCACCCUGCUGAUGAAGUACGCAAACUUGAUGAUGAAAUCUGGGCAAUCAUCACUAAUUUCUCCAAUGGGCAGUCUCCCUUCCCUUUCUCUUCAUCCUCUCAAACUUCCCAUUCUUCAUUUGAGGCCCAGAGUUCUCUGUCUCGGUCAAGUGUGCGUGCCCCUUCUUUCCAUUCUGAUCUAACUUCCUCUUUAAGGGACUCUGAGUCCCUUUCAAAUGACCCAGGCCAUUUCUCUCACCCUGACCCAACUCAGCAGGUGGAACAGGGAAAAAACACUGUUGCUCUCCCUAGAGGUCCACGGCCUGGCCCUUCUAACAAGUAUGUUUUGGUCUACAAUGGUUUCAGCUUGCACCCAGAUGACGUGCUCUUCUGGCAGCUCCCGGAGCAGUUCAAAGGGGAUAAGGUUGGCGCAUAUGGUGGAAAGCUGAAAUAUACCAUCUCAUAUGUGCCAGGACCCCGAGGUUCUCCAAUAGAAGAUGCUGAUGUUCAGAUUAUUGGUAAUGACAUCACACUGGUGGCACGCCAACCAUGGAGAAGAGGGCAUGGAGCCCGAGAGUCACGGGACUUUGAGAUUGUUUUCAGAGAGGAGCACUGGCAGCGUCCCGAUGGUAUGCCGGCCACCCGGGAACACCUGAUGAUGGUGCUCGCGGACCUCGAUGACAUCUUGAUCCGUGCCUCGUAUCACACAGAGAUGCGCUCAUCAAGUAUUUCUGGGCUCCGCAUGGAUAUCGCUGUGCCCGAGUACACUGGCCUGGCCCAGGCUUUGGAGGUGGAGCAGUGCCAGUGUCCUCCUGGUUACCGUGGUCUGUCCUGCCAGGACUGCGCUCCUGGAUACACUCGCACAGGAGGAGGCUUGUACCUUGGCCACUGUGAGCCAUGUGAGUGUAACGGCCACUCUGACUCCUGUCAACCAGAGACUGGCAUCUGCACGAACUGCCAACACAACACCAAGGGUGAGCUGUGUGAACAGUGUGCAGACGGCUUCUUUGGAGAUCCAACUGCUGGAACCCCUGAGGACUGCCAAGCAUGUGCCUGUCCCGGCACUGACCCCGACAACCAGUUCUCUCGUACCUGUGAAAGUCUGGGUAACGGAGGAUACCAGUGCACUGCCUGUCAGCCCGGCUACACCGGCCAGUAUUGUGAACGCUGUGCGCCCGGAUAUGUUGGAAAUCCACAAGCGAGAAUCCCCUGCCGUAGUGUUGCUGUGUCUCUAGUGGUGAAGGUGUAUCCAGAAAGGGUUCAGAUUGCACAGGGGCUUCCAGUCACUCUCAGGUGCCAGGUGUCUGGAUAUCCACCUCACUAUUUCCAGUGGUCCCGUGAGGAUGGACGCCCAAUCUCCAGCACAGCAGAGAGACGCAGACAAGGAGAGGAGUUGCAUUUUCCCAGUGUGCAGCCCAGUGAUGGUGGCUUCUACAUCUGCACCUGCCGAGACCAGCGCAGCACCAAUAGAAGCAAAGCUGAAAUUGUUGUUACAACCAUACCAUCCAAACCUAUUGAAGUCUUUAUCGAGGAGCCCAAAAUACAGAGAGUGGUGGUGGGAUCUACAGUGAGCUUCAUCUGCACAGCCAAAAGCAAGCUGCCAGCGUACACCCUGGUUUGGACCCGCAAAGGCAACGGCAAGCUGCCUAACCGGGCCAUGGAUUUCAAUGGAAUCCUGACCAUUCAUAACGUGCAGCCUGAGGACGCAGACAACUAUGUUUGCACGGGCUCCAAUAUGCUUGGCAUGGAUGAGGGCACGGCCGAACUCUAUGUCCCAGAGGCUUCUCAGUCACAGAUGUUUUACACUGCCUAUGAGAUGUUUGAAGGACAUAGAAAGCCUACUGAAGGGGCCCAGCCGGUGGCCACAAUAAAUCCACCUGUGCUGACAGUCCAACAGGGCCAGCGGGCAGAGUUCCGCUGCACAGUGACCGGCAACCCCACCCCUGCUGUGGAAUGGAUAGAAGGUCCCGGGAACAGAAUCAGUUCAAAAGCUGUCAUUCGUAAUGGACUGCUGACCAUCCCAUCUGUGGAUCGCUCGGAUGAGGGCGAGUACAUCUGCAAGGCUCUGAACACACAUGGCGAGCACACAGCCCGGGGAGUUCUUCAUGUUCAAAGUACAAGUCAACCUCACGGUCUACCCCAUGUACAAGUGAGCCCUCCGCGGGUGGAAAUUCAUGAGGGUGAGACUUUGCGGUUGUACUGUAGGGCCGUUGGCAGUCCCACUCCUGGCCUCACAUGGAAGAAAAGAGGUGGUUCACUGCCACCACAGGCAAUUCCUUCUCACGGUUUCCAUCAGUUUAAAAGCAACAGUCUCGAUGUGUUACAGAGACGUAUUGAGGAGCUACAGGCCCGCAUGGAGCGCACUGACAUCGGCACUCUCCUCGUACCCAAUAUCAGGUUGUCUGAUGCAGGCACAUAUCUCUGUGUUGGAACUAACACUGUUGGUUCCUCAGAAGCUCAUAUUGAGGUCUUUGUAAAAAGAGGAGAAAUCAUCCCCUCUGGAGUCACCAUCCAGCCUUCUAUUGCUUCUGUAAUGGAGGGAGAGACUCUGGAUCUUAACUGCAUCGUCCCAGGAACCUCUCCAGCAUCUGUCAAAUGGAGCAGGGCAAGCGGCCUGCUGUCAUCCAAUCAUCAGGUUUUAGGAGCUCAGCUGCGGAUCCUGCAGGCCUCUGCAGAUGACACUGGAGAAUAUAUCUGUCAGGUGGAGGACGGCCCAUUCCCCCGUCAGGCUUCUGUAUCUGUGUCUGUGUUGUCCAGCUCGUCCCGUCUCCAGAGCCCCAUUAUCUCCAUUGAGCCACACAGUGCUGCAGUGAAGCAGGGCGAGUCUGCGAGCUUCAGGUGCAGGGUCCACAGCGGAGCCCAGCCGGUGCGCUUAGAGUGGAAACCCACCAACAACCUGCCUCUGCCAGAUAACGUGAAGAUUGGUCUUGACAAUUCACUCCUGACUAUUACCAAUGCCCAAGCCAAAAACAAGGGCGCUUAUCGUUGUGUGGCCAGCAACCUGUUCGGAAUGACCCACAGCAUAGCUUCACUCAUCGUGAGAGAAUCUCCUAAGGCUGUAGUGACCCCUGCAGGACCGCUGCGAAUCAGGGUUGGCGAUCCCAUCAAUCUCGAAUGCCAGGCCGCUGGAGAGCCAAGACCCUCUGUCAGAUGGCACAGACUAGACAACAACCGCAAAACGAUUCUGAGCAGCCCCGUUCCCGUCGAUUCCAGUGCUAUCAUGCAGAUCUUAGUUGCACGGCCGGAAGACAGUGGCACGUAUGUGUGCACUGCACAGAACAACCAGGGCACAACUGAAACUCGAGUAGAGGUGUUUGUUGAAGGAGCGUCUCAGGUGCCCACUGUCCCCCGUGCCAGCGUACGUGAGCCUAUGAUAGUCGUGGUAGAGGGAUCAACCGCAACACUUCAUUGCGACGCCCAUGGUUUCCCAAAGCCCACCAUCACGUGGUCUAAAGAAAGGUCUUCUCUGCCUUGGAGACACAAGAUUGUUGACAACAGCCUGGUCUUACCAAAUGUGGGCCGUCAGGACUCUGGUCAAUAUGUCUGCAAUGCCACUAACCACAUGGGCACCAGUGAAGUCACCAUCAUGCUGGAAGUAGACACCCCACCCUAUGCCACUUCCUUGCCCGAUGACGUGUCUGUUCGAGAGGGUGAAGUAAUCCGCCUGCAGUGCCUGGCCCAUGGCACCCCGCCCAUGCGUUUUGAGUGGACUAAGGUCAAUGGCAGCUUGCCUCCUACUGCUCAGCAGCAAGGAGAAGACCUCCAGAUCAACCUGGCCAAGGAGAGCGAUGCUGGGACAUACAAGUGUGUGGCCAGCAACAAGGUUGGCAAGAGUGAAGCGCUGGCCAGAGUCUCUGUCCGAUCACCCCUGUCAGUGAAAGUGUCCCCACAGGUAGAAGUGAAGGCUCUGGGCAGCGCUGUGGAGUUUACUUGUGCUGCUAAAGGAGGGUCUCACAUUGAGAUUGAAUGGCUGAAGGAGGGGGGAGCUCUUCCGCCAAAUCAUCACAUUAAAGACGGAGUGCUCAGAAUUGAGAACCUUGAACAAAGCAAUGAGGGAAUCUACACGUGCAGAGCUACAAGUCUGUUUGGACAGGCUCAGGACAGUGGCAAACUCACCAUUCAAGCUCUGCCCAAAGUGAUGAUCAAUGUGCGCACAUCAGUACAGACGGUGAUGGUGGGCAGCUCAGUGGAGUUUGAGUGCCAUGCGAUCGGGGAUCCUGAGCCCACGGUGCGCUGGAGUAAAGUGGGAGGCUCUCUCCCUGAUCAUGUGGAAAUAAAGGGGAACAUCCUGAGGAUUGAUCAUGUGGUCGAAUCAGAUUCAGGACAGUACCGCUGCACAGCCACUAAUAAUGUUGGCUCGGAGUAUAACCAGGUGGUCCUUAAUAUCCAGUCCUUGCCUCAGAUUUCUGCACAGCCUGAGUCAAAGGAUGUAACUGUUGGCUCUGAUGCGGUCUUGCCUUGCAUUGCAUCUGGAUAUCCAGUCCCAACCAUCACAUGGUCAAAGGUGGAGAAUGAGUUGCCCCCUAAGUGCAGACAGGAUGGCCAUGUCCUGACAGUCCCUGGUGUCACACACACAGAUGCAGGAACGUACGUGUGUACAGCUGCUAACAAGCAAGGAAAAGUCGAGGCCUUCACCAGACUCCUUGUUCAUGAGAGAGUGAUGCCCUAUUUUACCCAGGAGCCACUCUCUUACCUCACACUCCACACUAUCAGAAACGCCUACCAUGCAUUCAGCAUCAAAAUAACCUUCAGACCGGAUAAUGUUGAUGGGCUCAUUUUGUAUUCGGGUAUGAUUCUAUAUAAUGGACAAAAGAAGACCACCGGUGCUGACUUCUUAUCUUUUGGAUUGGUUGGGGGCCGUCCUGAAUUCAGGUUUGAUGUCGGCUCUGGUAUGGCAACCAUUCGUUACCCUACUCCCAUUAAACUAGGCGAGUUUCACACAGUGAAGCUGUAUAGGAACGAGACUCAGGGCUCUCUUGUUGUGGAUGGAGAAGCUCCUAUAAAUGGAACCUCACAGGGAAAAUUCAAGGGUCUGGAUCUGAAUGAGGAUCUUUUUGUGGGCGGUUAUCCAAACUACAGCAUGCUCGCUAAAACUGCAGGCCUCAAGACAGGGUUUGUCGGCUGUAUCAAGCAGCUGAUUAUUCAAGGUGAAGAGGUCAUUUUCAAGGACAUUGAUAAAAGUUCAACCGGAGUUUCGAAUUGUCCCACUUGCAAGGAUCGCCCAUGUCAGAAUGGUGGCGCAUGUGAGGACUCUGCUGCCAGUCUCUACAAAUGCAGUUGCCCAAGAGGAUUCACAGGGAGCAACUGUCAGCAUCACUCGUCCUUGCACUGUCACACAGAGGCCUGUGGGCCAGAUGCCACCUGUAUUAACCGACCCAAUGGUUUGGGCUACGAUUGCCGCUGUCACUUGGGCAAGUCUGGAACCAAAUGCAUGGAUGGUACUCUGGUAACUACUCCAUUGUUUGACCGAGAUGAGUCUUAUAUUGCGUAUCCUCCUCUUACAAAUAUUCAUAACGACCUCCGGAUUGAGAUGGAGUUCAAGCCCAUGGAUUCAGAAGGGCUGAUGUUCUUCAGCGGAGGCAAAAAGAUGAAAGUGGAGGACUUUGUGACGUUGUCCAUGGUGGACGGACAUGUCGAGUUCCGAUAUGAACUUGGAACAGGUCAGGCAGUUCUGCGUAGUCAGGAGCCCGUGUCUCUGGAUCAGUGGCAUCGCGUGGUGGCGGAGCGCCUCAAUAAGGACGGCUCCUUGAAGGUGGACCACGCACGAGAAAUCACAAGAUCGUCUCCAGGCAAGGCCCAGGGCCUUAAUAUCCACACACCCAUGUAUCUGGGAGGAGUGCCCAGCAUGGACAUCUUGCCCAAACCUGCCAAUGUUAGCAUGCUGUUUGAUGGAUGCAUAGGAGAGGUCUUCAUCAAUGGAAAGAAGCUGGAUAUAUCAUACAGCUUCACUGAAAGCAGAGCCAUCAGCCAGUGUACAGAUGGCAGCCCAUGUGACCGCAGGCCUUGUCUGCACGGAGGCACCUGUAUGGCCAGUGCUGAGUACGAGUACCAGUGCCUCUGCACUGAAGGAUACGACGGUGACCGUUGUGAAAUAGUGAGGUCGAGCUGUCGAGACUCCUCUCAGUGUCAGAACGGUGGCAGCUGUGUGAAUAGCCACUGUGUGUGUCCCGCCGGCUACACAGGCCGGCACUGUGAGAAAGGGCAGGAGUCCAGGUUCACCGAGGCGCUGUGGAAUUUGGAGGGUAGUGGGGGAAAUGACUCUCCUAUUGAAUAUUCUGCAUAUUUCCAUGAUAAUGGAUAUUUGGCCCUUCCAAAGCCCAUGUUCCCACGGAGUGCUCCUGACUCUCCAGAGACCAUUGAGUUCGAGAUCAACACUGUCUCUAAAGACGGCCUUGUCUUGUGGCAGGGAGUGGAGCCUGCAGGCGCUCUAAGCCUCCGUAAGAAGCAUGCUAGUAUAAAGGAGCUGGGAGGUCAAGGAAAGGGCAAGGACUUCAUAAGUCUUGGUUUACAAAAUGGACAUCUUCUGUUUAGUUACCAGCUGGGCAGUGGAGAAGCUCAGAUUCUCUCCAGAGAGCCUGUCAAUGAUGGACAGUGGCACAUGAUCACUGCAGUCCGAACGGGUAAGCAGGGCUACCUCCAGAUCGAUGGAGGAUCUGUCCAGCAUGGACAAUCGCAAGGCAAAAGCAUCAUGGUGAACACCAAAGGCAACAUAUACCUGGGUGGAGCUCCAGACAUGAAAGCAUUGACUGGUGGGAAGUACUCAUCAGGUAUCACAGGCUGCGUGAAGAAUCUCUCUCUGAUGAACGCUCGACCCGGAGAACAGCCAGCGCGACCUAUCGACCUGCAGGUCCACGCAGAGGAGGGCAUCAACGUGGAGCGCUGCUUAACAUAGACGCAGUCCUAAAACACUAGCAGAGACUACAGAAAAGACCCCUCAUUCACAUUCACACUGAGAUGCUUACAGGACAAACUACAGUCACACUUUAAGAGACACACACUGAUACGUGUUUCUUGGUGCUUCACCGCAACCCAAAAAUCACACACGAAAGGAUUCUUCGCUCUGUGCUGCGUUAAACCAAAAAACGAGAAAGAAAAAUUGAUGCUAUUAACAAGUUUUCAUCUAUUCAGUGUUUUAUGCUCAAUGAAGGACUUAUUAACACAGAAGCUCAGUUUACAUACUCCGAACAGUAGCUUUUUAGCCAUGAGAAAAAGAUGACAAAAAAGGUUUAAAAAUAAACAUGAUGAGCCUUCUGCGGUGGGUCAGAUCCUUUGAAAUCGGAGAGGUUUUUACAGCACUGAAUUUUUAUUUAUAAGCAUAUUAAUCUAUAUAUAUUAUAUUUGUGGGGGGAAAUGCAAGCUAACAAUAACCUGCUCAUUUGUUUUCCUAGCAGUGAUUCUAGGCUCUAAUAAUGCGUGUCUGAGGUUUAGUGCCCGAGCUGUGUUAAUACUUGAAGACUCCGCUGCCUUCUUUUAUUCUGUUUGAGGGCCGGUGGGGGCGAGCAUGAUUAGAUACCAUAAGGAACGGCUCUCUGUGGGGUCACAGCACAGAAGACAUCAAGAAGCAUCUCAGGUGAAGAAUGUUGCUAAGAAAAAAAGAGUUGGAAGAUCAUAUAUAUAU